AUGGUCCGACUAAAUAUCUACUCGCGUCUGGGAAUGCCACCAGACCAGACCUUCGACACCUCCCACAAAUUCGUCACAUCCCCUUUCCUCAGAUAUCCCACCUCGUUAGCUAUGCUGCGGACUAUAAUUUCGCUAUACACGCUCGUUACUCUGCUGGUCACACUAAUAUGGAAUGCGGUCAGGUUACAUGAUGCGAGCAGUUACUUCUCAUACUUCACUUACCUAACAUACACGGGACUAUGCGCUUACUACUUUGCAUCGACCACACAAACUAUCGCAUACGCGCUACGAUGGCGAAGGUUAGGCACUGGAGCGGGGUAUCCUCUCCAGCGAUGGCCGAAAAUUCUACAGGCAUUACAUGUCUUGUUGCAUGCCACCAUCGUCACGUUUCCUAUCCUAGUCACGAUUGUCUACUGGGCACUACUUUCUGGCCCAGCGACCUUUGAAGACACGUUCACCUCAUGGUCUAAUCUCUCUGUCCACGCGUUCAACACGGCUUUCGCUCUUAUAGAGAUUUUUCUCACCAAUUCGCCGCCCCCGCCAUGGCUAGCACUUCCUAUCACAGUUGUGCUUCUGAUAUGUUACCUUGGCGUUGCAUACAUCACCCACGACACCCAAGGCUUCUAUACGUACUCCUUCCUUGACCCCAAGAAACAGGGAGGGAAGCUUGCAGCGUACAUCAUCGGUAUCGCUGUUGCUCAGAUCGUCAUAUUUAGUGUCAUGCGCGGCCUCAUUGUCCUCCGUGAACGAUGGGCAGUGAGGAACGAGCGCGUGUUGUCUGCCUCUGUUGCACAACAGGGUGGUCUUGGGCGGUCGACAGGGAAUAUAGAAGAUGACUGGGAGGAGGUAGAAAGUCCCACUACUCCCAAGAAAGUUGAACAAGUAUGA